GUGAGAAAAUAACAAGUGGAUUUUUUCUAAGAGCGUGUUUAAUUUUGUGUAAAGUGAACGAUUUUUGCUGGAUUUACGUGUUUGACAGGCCACUUUGUACUGACAAGUACUUCAGAAACUCAAAAUUGGCUCCUAAGCAACAGAAAUAUGUCUAAAUCAACCAUUGUCUUUGUCACCGGCAACGCCAAAAAGCUGGAAGAAGUUGUGGCCAUCCUCGGCCGGAAUUUUCCCCACGAGUUCACCAGCAAGAAGUUGGAUUUGCCAGAAUAUCAGGGAGAAAUUGAUGAUAUUUGCAAAGCCAAAUGUUUGGAGGCAGCAAGGUUGGUGCAAGGCCCUGUUGUGGUUGAGGACACAAGCCUGUGCUUUAAUUCCUUAGGAGGCUUGCCAGGGCCAUACAUAAAGUGGUUUUUGGACAAACUUGGACCUGAAGGUCUGCAUCGGAUGUUGGCCGGCUGGGAGGACAAAUCUGCAAAAGCCAUCUGCACAAUGGCCUACUGCAAUGGACCGUCUGCAACCACUUCUCAGGUGCAACUUUUCCAAGGCAUCGUGGAUGGUGACAUUGUGUCCCCUAGGGGCCCAAGGCUCUUUGGAUGGGACCCUUGUUUUCAGCCCAAGGGAUAUGAGCAGACUUUUGCUGAAAUGCCGAAAGAAAACAAAAAUCAAAUUUCGCACCGUGCGCUGGCCGUGAUUAACAUGAAAAACUUUUUCGAAAACCAAACUAGUGAAAAAUAAUGCAGAGGUGCUCCAUAAAAAUGACUAAGUGUUAUAAAAUAACUUCUUUAAAAAUAAAAACUCCUCAAUCUUAAGAAAUUAUUAAUUUAAUUAAAUUUUUGAUAAUUAGAAACUUUCAAUCCUUUUUUCAUACAAAAUUUCAUAAUUUUUUAACAGGCGAUUUUGUAAAUUAAAAACACUGCUCGUAUGGAUUCUUACUUUGCCCAUGCUUUAUAUAUUUAUAUCGUCUCCGUAGUACAUAGUACAUGAUACUUUAACACUGAUCACUAGCACAGUUAAAUUGGAUUUUCAGCGUAAUUUUCUUUUUAAAGGUUACAAUGGUAUUUUUUUUUUCAAGUUAAGUACGACUUAUUUUAAAUGGAAACAAUUCACAUCAACUUCCAAAACAACUGUUUCAGAGAAGUAUGUAAUACAUGUGGGUGAACUUUGUAAGUGUGACUAAAUGGAUUAAAUGACAACAACUAUUGUAGUUUUUUCCCAUUCUCAAAUACUUUCUUCAAAGUAAUUGAGCUCUCGUUAUUGUGCCACCUUUUAUAAUAUCGUGCAGCUCUCGUAAUAUUCUCAACUACCCCUCACAUAACCAUGGUAAUGCCUGCCCACCGUUUACUGAAAAUCAUGCUUAUGGAUAUGCAAAUUUACAUCAAUGAUGAUUUUUUUCCUUUAACGGCAAAGAGUCGCUUAUAUUCAUAUCUCGACUACACAACAGGUGCACUUGUUACAUAAUAUUGAACAGAGGAAAGUGAAUGCAUGACCGGUAAAAAUAUACAAAGGCACUGAAAUGAGUAAUUUAAACAUUUAACAGGGAUAUAAGUGAAACUUUUCUAAUUUCUGUUGUGCUAAAAGUUACCACGCGAAAAAUUUAAACACCGAUCUUGCAAAUCAUGUAAAAAAGGGCAAAUUAUAUAAUCUUUCAUACUUUUAUAUGAAGUAGGGAAAAUUAAAGCUUCAAAAGCCAAACCAAUUUGGUCUUUAAAUCAAUGAGUCAAACAUUAUUCAUACAUUUUCACUCAACAAUCAGCAACAAUCCUUAUAACUAAGCCUCUUAUAAAUUAGUUAUACACGUUGAUAGCAUUUGAUGUGACUAGAUCGGACUCAAUUCCUUGGAGAUGCCGGAGCUCUCUUGCAAGGAUAGAAUUCGUAACAGAAAAGUUUAAAUCGGAAAUUAAUAGCACACUCUCAACAUUUCUCGCUCACCUCACUUAAGAUUAGGACUUUUUACAUUAAUUUUUAUAUCUUUGGUAUAUUGCUGACCUUCGCAAGGUGCGAGACCAUUGCGAAUGAGAAUUUGAAAUAAAAAGUAAUAAUAAUACUUACAAUUAGUAAUUAUUACCCAUCACUUCAAGUAUUCCAACAUAAAUUGCAAUUAUUUUAAUAUAUAUAGACUCUGUUAAUAUAGUUUUACUAUUAAUCCUAAGGGGGCUUCACUCAGUUAAGUCAGUGGCUCUUUUCUUGAUCAAUAUUUCAAGUAACUGCAGAUGUGGCAUGGAGGUUGUACGCAAUCCCACACAUAUGUAUUAUGAGGCUCUACAAGUGAUGCGGGGCUAACAUACGUUAUUCCUCAGCAAUUUACAAAGCUCAAUUUAUUUAUGGAUAUAAACAACUUUUGCGUCGCCAAAUAAGAUUUUUACUAGGAUCCCUCGAGAGUGCUGCUGGUGGUGCAGAAACAGGAGAAAUAGUGGUUCCUGUUCGGGCAUUGGGGACAUCCAGGAACUUUAAUCCUAUGCUCUCAAGAAUUUAAUUUUUUCCCUUAAAUGUUGCUACUGUCCAACAUGAAUUUUUUUAUUCCUACAAUUUUAAUAAUCUAAAUUUUAAUUUCUUCGAUUAUUGAUUUUGAAUAAAUAUCUCUAAACAUUUUUUCGUUUCCGCAGUGGCCAUUCAAACAAGCAGUCGAGUUGUAUUCCAUUGUAAAAUUUUUAACCGAGACUUGAAUUCAA